UACCAGUCUGCAAAAUUGGAAGAAGUUGUUGGAAGAGGAGCUUUUGGUGUGGUCUGCAAGGCAAAAUGGCGAGCUAAAGAUGUAGCCAUUAAACAAAUAGAAAGUGAAUCUGAAAGAAAAGCCUUCAUUGUAGAGCUUCGUCAACUGUCACGUGUAAACCAUCCCAAUAUUGUCAAGUUAUAUGGAGCCUGUCUAAACCCAGUGUGUCUUGUUAUGGAGUAUGCUGAAGGAGGUUCUCUGUACAAUGUGCUGCAUGGUGCUGAACCUCUCCCUCAUUAUACUGCUGCACAUGCCAUGAGUUGGUGUUUACAGUGCUCCCAAGGAGUAGCAUAUCUCCACAGUAUGAAACCAAAGGCUCUAAUCCACAGAGACCUGAAACCACCAAAUUUGCUCUUGGUAGCUGGGGGGACAGUUCUAAAAAUCUGUGAUUUUGGUACAGCCUGUGAUAUUCAAACACACAUGACCAACAACAAGGGAAGUGCUGCUUGGAUGGCACCUGAAGUUUUUGAAGGUAGCAAUUACAGUGAAAAAUGUGAUGUUUUCAGUUGGGGUAUUAUUCUCUGGGAGGUAAUCACCCGCAGGAAACCUUUUGAUGAGAUUGGUGGCCCAGCUUUCCGCAUAAUGUGGGCAGUUCACAAUGGUACUCGGCCACCACUGAUCAAAAACUUACCUAAACCAAUUGAGAGUUUAAUGACCCGUUGUUGGUCCAAGGAUCCCUCACAACGACCAUCCAUGGAGGAAAUUGUUAAAAUAAUGACACACUUAAUGCGGUACUUUCCAGGAGCUGAUGAGCCUCUGCAGUAUCCUUGCCAGUAUUCAGAUGAAGGCCAAAGCAAUUCUGCCACUAGUACAGGUUCAUUUAUGGACAUCACUUCCACAAACACAAGUAACAAGAGUGAUGCGAACAUGGAACCAAGUGACUUCCAAGGAGCUUCUACCAAUGACACUAUUAAGCGUUUAGAGUCAAAAUUGGCACAACAGAUGAAAAACACAGCCAAGCAGCCGGGUGAUCCUGGUCGUUUGAGUUUACCCCCAUCUCGUGGGAGCAGCGUGGAGAGCUUGUCAGAUGUUCGUGCACGACCACAAUCAGCCCUGGUUUCAGGAGAAGCCAAAAGGAUGAGUGCUGACAUGUCUGAAAUAGAAGCAAGAAUAGCUUCCAUCACAGCUUAUUCCAAGCCUAAACGAGGCCAUCGUAAAACUGCUUCAUUUGGCAACAUUCUGGAUGUCCCUGAGAUCAUCAUACCAGCAGGAAACGGACAGCAGAGGCGCAGAUCCAUUCAAGAUCUUAGUGUUGCUGGAACAGAGUCCAGUCAGGAGAGUAGAAACAGCAGUAGGUCAUCUAGUCCUAGUGUGAGAAUGAUCACUACCUCGGGACCAACCUCUGAAAAGCCAACUCGUAAUCCAUGGACACCUGAUGAUGCAGCUGCUCUUGGAGAUAGCAUAGUCUUUGAGGGCAACACCUUAGUUUCUCUACCACGACUACUCUGUGGCAGGUGCUUUUGGGGUAUGGAGACCAAUGGGUCAGAUAACUCCAUCCCAAUGGCAUACCUUACAUUAGAUCAUCAGUUACAGCCUCUAGCACCAUGCCCAAACUCCAAAGAAUCUAUGGCUGUGUUUGAACAGCAUUGCAAAAUGGCACAAGAAUAUUUGAAAGUUCAGACAGAAAUUGCAUUGCUGUUGCAGAGGAAACAAGAGCUAAUAGCAGAACUGGACCAGGAUGAAAAAGACCAGCAAAACACAUCUCGACUGGUACAAGAACAUAAAAAGCUUUUAGAUGAAAACAAAAGUCUCUCAACUUACUAUCAGCAAUGCAAAAAACAAUUAGAGGUCAUCAGAAAUCAGCAACAGAAACGGCCUGGCACAUCAUGAUUUCCUGGGACCUUUCAAAUGAAAAAUAUGCACAGAAAAGACUGAUAAUUUCUUUUCCUUUUUUUUUUUUUUUCUUUUUUUAUUGUUACUAUUUUCCCUUAUUAUGACAACUCAUGAGUGUUAGCUUCUUGGUGUGAUCUGUAUUUGUCUGCUACACUUAAGAUCAUUUAAUUUUCUUUUUCCUAUGGUGGAUGUCCAGUUCAACAGGUUAAUUGAAUAAGGUGAGAAAACAGUGACUUGAAUUAACCAACAGCCCUCAGUUUAAAGCAAGAACAGUGGCUCUGUGCAUGCUCCCUGUGUGAAGGCUAGCCUAGCAAAGUGGCUGCUGAAUUGUAAGAUCUUGGUUUUAGUUUCUGGUGUUACCUCAAUAAGAGCAAAACAAAAACUUCCCUGUUUGAGAAUGGUUUUGUUCCAGUGACUCAUCUCAAACUAUUCAUAUGAUGAUUAUUUUCAGGACUUCAACAUGCAUCAAGCUGCAGAGGUGAUGCUGGCUGACCUGCAGUAAUUCAUGAUGUGAUGCCUCUUGCCUGUAGAUGUAGUGUAUUUUUUCCACAUGCAAAAUGGUAGGCAAACUGAUGCCAGCAUCUUUGGUUCAGUGCUUGAUAGCCCAGUGUUUUGACUAAUACGUUUCUUGUAUUCUUGCAUUCAUAAAAUAUUUGAAGUAAAA